AUGCGUUUGUCUGUAGCUCUGAUUUCAUCUUUUCAAUGGAAGAAGAGGUCUUCAAAGGCGAUUAUGAGAAGAGGAAGAAAAAGAAGAAGAAGAAGACAAAGAGGAGAAGAUUUUUUUGUGGCACCGGAGAUUCCUUUGGAUCUACUGAUCGAGAUUCUGACUAGAUUGCCUCAUAAAUCGCUUAUGAGGUUCAAGUGCGUUUCAAAGCAGUGGUCUUCUCUUAUCCGUUCCCGAUUUUUUAGCAACCGUUAUCUUACGGUUGCAUCUCCACUGCGACCACAUCGUCUAUACAUUAGUUUGGUGGACCACAAGUGUGAUUCAAGGGAGGUCUGCCACAGCCCCCGCGAGUCUGUACUGCUAUCAUUCUCAUCGCCUUCUAGUUUCGACCAAGAUUUGACGACCAUGCAAGGGAUGGGAGGACUACAUAUGGUGACUCUUCGUGGCUUGAUUUUAUACAUUGUUUGCGGAAAAGCGUGUCUCUAUAAUCCCACCACCAGACAGAGCGUAACCUUACCCGCCAUCAAAUUCAACAUUUUUGUCCAAGGAAACGAACAUAGUCUCCUCUACUUCUUGGGGCACGAUCCUGUUCUUGAUCAAUACAAAGUAGUUUGCACUUUUGUGUCAUCAUCCUCACAAGAUUUGGAAACGAUAAUCUCGGAGCAUUGGGUCUUCGUACUGGAAGUUGGAGGUUCUUGGAAAAGAAUUGAGUUUGAUCAACCUCAUACUCCUACGAGAUCUGGACUGUGCAUCGGUGGAGUUAUAUAUUAUCUUGCUUUCACUAGUAUGUUUCAGGAUAUCGUUGUCACCUUUGACGUUAGGUCUGAAGAAUUUAACAUUAUCCAAGCGCCUCUUGUGUUGUCUGCAUAUGUUGACUCUCUGGAUUUUAUAGAGUACGGUGGGAAACCAGCUAUUUUUUAUCAUACUAGUCUUAAAGAAAACGGUUUGGUAGACUUAUGGGUCUUGGAAAAUGCUGGAAACUGGUCGAGGACAGUUUUGAGUUUGCAGCCUUGUCAGCUGCAUUUAGUUGAUAACGACAUUCCAUUGACGUUAGUAGACACAACUCAAAACGGCGAGGUUGUCUUGGUACCAAGUGACUUGUGUUCCCCUUUUUACAUUCUCUAUUAUGAUAUACAGAAGAAUCAUCUGAGGAAGGUUGAAAUCCAAGCAAUGCCGGACCAUAAGAAGGAUGGGAUCAAAGGAAUACCGGACUUUGGUUUCAAACUUAUGGAUAAGAGUGAAAGCAUCAUCCACUUGGAAACUUGA